AUGCCGGACGUUCCUCCCCCGGCGACGUGGGUGGUGACGUGCGGCGGGUUUGUGGUGGGCAACGGCGUGGGGCUGGCCGGCGGGGCGGGGUCGGUGGGCGCGGGCGUGGCGCAUCGGGUGGACGGGGCGGCGGCGCUGGCGCACGGCGGGGGUGGUGCUCGCGGGUGCGGGGUGGGCGUCGGCGGGUGGGCGUUUGACGUGAGGGUCGGCGUCUCGUACGUGCCGCGCCUCGGGCACCUCGCCGUGUUCUCGCCGCUGGUGGCGCGGCCGGCGGCCGUUCCGCGGGGCGUGACGGCCGUGGACGACGCGGCGGCGCGGGCGCUCGUGGUGAGCGUGGCGGCGGACGGCGAGAGCACGCUGCCGCUCGAUCUGCCGCACGUGGUGGGCUCGGUCGGCGUGCGGGUGGUGAGCAUCCGGACGCGGCCGGGCGAGCGCGAGGCCGUGGUGGCGUUUGCGAGCGCGGCCGACGCCGACGUGGUGUACGGCGCGCGCGAGUCGAGCCGGUCGCUCGCGGGAUUCGUCAUCGCGCGGCCGAGCGCGGUUGUGCGCGCGCGUCUCCUUGCCGGCCCCGGGUGA